AAGGCAUGCAUUUACAGUAGCUAGCCAGUAACUUGUUUCGCCGUAUAAAAUCUUUACUAACAUUACAUUUCUGUGUAACCUGUUGAUAGCGGCAAUGAACAGUGAAGGUAUCAAGGCGAUAUUGCUCGACUUGGAUAACACGCUCAUUGACACAGCGGGUGCCGGUGGAGUGGCCAUUCAAAAAGUCACAGAGCUCUUGAAGACAACAUUAGACCAUGAACACACCAUUGCCAUUUGUGACAGAUUUAAGCACAAGCUCCAUCACGAGACCUUUGACCCAGCUGGUGGUAGGACAAUAGAUGAGGUGCGGAUCAGUCACUGGGAAGAGAGCAUCCAGGAGGUUAUGGGUGGGAGUCCCAGCUCUAACCCCACCCUUGCCAGUGAGUGCUACUACCAGUGGAAGAACACUCGCCUGGAGCUUCUAACCAUAACACCUCCAGUAUUUACCCUGCUGAAGCAGCUGAGGACCAGCCACAAACUGCUGCUGCUGACCAAUGGAGAGACCCAGACACAGAGGGAGAAGGUAGUGGCGUUAGGGUGUCAGGGGCUGUUUGAUGCUGUGGUGGUGGGGGGAGAGCAUGCAGAAGAGAAGCCAGCCCGCUCCAUCUUCACCCAUUGCUUUGGCCUGCUCAGGGUGCAGGCUCACGACUGCGUUAUGGUGGGAGACUCCCUGGACACAGACAUUGUCGGGGGGUUUAAUGCAGGGGUUAGAGCCACAGUGUGGAUUAAUAACAGAAGGGUGUGUCCACCUGAGGGAUCUGUCAAUCCAGACUACACCAUUCCCUCUGUGCUGGAUUUACCUGAGGUGCUGGCCAAGUUGAAGUGAAAGUACAGGGAACAAUGUCUAAACCAAUCACAUGAAGAUUGUUUCCAAAGGCCCAAGUUAAUGAAAGCAUGAUUUCUUUGUAAAAGGGAUUGUAAAAAAUCUAAAAUCAGCUUAUUUUCUUUCAUAUUCAUUCUGGAUGAAAGACAAAAUUACUUUACAGCAACCAAACAAUGAUUAGCUUACCUACCAAAAUUCUGUUUCAUUGUUCAUUGUCUGUACUCUCUAAUGCAGCUCAUGUAUAAUUCUGUCAUUUUAUGUUAUCUGUUGGUGGAGGUCGGUAUUACAUAUAGUUUAAUGGAAAUAAAAAGCUGAAGCCCUGUGCACAGCAGUGUCAAGGCGCUGGUUAGGUCCGAAACAACUGAGCCACUUGGAAGUGUCUUGAUUGUCAUUCCGAAAAAGUAACGUAAAGUCAAAACUCACUUUCCCUAGUGGUCACAUGAAUCAACUUUGUCUAAUACACCAUCAAAGUGUAUUUUCUUACAGAAUGUCACUCUAAAUAGACUGAUUUACAGUAUUGUGUGCUGAUAAAUACUUUGAGGGAAAAUGUACUUGAUAUGAUUGUGAUGUGUUGUCUCACCUAGCCACCUUAAGAUGAAUGUACUAAUUCUAAGUCUCUCUGUAUAGAGCGUCUGCAAAAUGACAAAUGUUAUUUAUAUAUUAAACAGUUACU